GUGAUUCAAGAAAAGUACUACGAGAUAAGGUACCAUGAGAAUAAACAUAGCAAUUUUAUUGUACCUACAAUCAGAACAUUACAACGUCAAUUGGCUGCAGCCCUUAAAAAGGCAACUACCAGACGUAAUCACCAGAGUUCGGGCAUUCAGCAACACCAUACUGUUCCUUCAACCUUAGAGGAGAUAGAACGUGAUAGUUAUUACGAUUUUGCAAAAGUUAUCCCUGAUAGCUCGUUAUCAGAGUUAGAAGAUGCAUUGUAUGAUUUACACGAGGUUAGUGAAAAGAUUAAGCAGAUCAAGUUUAAUUUAAACACCAAUAGUAAUAGCGUGAAUGCCAGUCCCUUGCAUGGCGGAUCGUCUGCGUCUAUGUCUUCCUCCUCCAUCCAACAAAUCAUUGACAGCUCAUUGGCUGAUGCUACUUCCCCUAUUAUCCACUCGAAUCAACACCUCCCAAAAUCCCCCUUGUCAUCCUCAAUCACCACCCCAGUAUCAAUCAGACCAAAACUGGGUUCCAAUGAAAAUGUCGUGAUUGAUCACAUCCAAAAUCUUAGGAACAAUCUCACCGACUCCAGCACAUCCAAUAAUUCAGACAGUUUUUCCAAAGGACUUGACAUGUUGGAAUUAAUCUUGAAACAAACAAUUGAGUUACACCAACUGAUUCACAAUGAGAAUGAGACAUUUAGGAAAGAGAUUGAUAGACUUACAAAGGAUCAUCUUCGAAAGGUUAGUGAAAUGAAUCAGAAUCAUUUGAUAAGACAACGUGAUUUGAAUCGACAAUUUCUCGAAUUGUUCAAGACUGAAUUUGAGUCUAGAGAAAACUCUGACCAUAUUCUUGCCAGACUUGCGUCCCUUGAAGCCCUUCUUUGA